AUGGCCAUAAAUCUCACAUGGUUGUCCCAUCUCCGUGCCAAAGAUCUCAAAGCUCUCGCAACCGCUAUCGGCGUCAGCAGCUCAGGCACGAAACCGAUUCUCACAAAUUCGCUCCAAGCCAAUUUACCCUUCAGCGUCUUCGCUCGUCAGUCCGGGAACGGCAAUGGAGUUGCCAGGGAUGACGCUUCACCAAAGGGCAAGAACAAGGAAAUUCAGGAGAUCAGUAGUAUCUUGAGUAUUGAUAUGGGUAUCAAGAACCUCGCCUACUGCCGCAUCCUACCUGCUCAAAAGCCAAUCAUCACAGAAUGGGAGCGUCUUAAUGUUCUGAAAAACAAUGACAGCGGAGCUACGCAUACAGACGUGGAGACAGGCACGAAAGAUGCCUACGACCCGCUUCUGUACGCAUCCCAUGCUACCGCUUGGGUUUCGGCCUUAAUCGAGCGAGAUCCGUCCGCGCUUGUCCUCAUUGAAAGACAGCGAUUCCGCUCGGGGGGUGGCUUUGCGGUGCAGGAAUGGACGUUGAAAGUCAAUAUGUUUGAAGCGAUGUUAUAUGCGGUUUUGGAAACCUUGAAACGGGAAGGGAAGUGGAAAGGCAGCGUGCAGGGUAUUAGUCCUGCCAGGGUGGCUGGGUUUUGGCUAUGUGAAGGGGAAGAAGAAGCGAGUAGAGGAAGAAGGAAGCACAAGGGGAUGGAAGAAAAAAGCAGAGGGAACAAGACUGGAAAGAAUAAGAAAAGUGGGAUGACGGCAAUAGUGAGAGAGUGGUUUCAGGAGGGCAAAAGCGUUUUGAAGGUAGAGGGAAAGGCUAUCAAGACCAAGGGCCACUUCUUUGGGAAACUUGAACAGGGGAAGACGAGAGAGAAGCUGACGAAGAUUGAUGAUCUUGCCGACUGUCUCUUGCAAGGCAUGGCGUGUUUGAAGUGGGAAGAAAAUCGCCAAUUGAUUUGCAGGACUGGUAUGGAAGCUCUCGAAAAAGUUUCUGGGCACAGACGAGCGUAA